AUGCACCCCUUGCACCCGCUAGAGCCCGCGGGCGAGAACAUCUGGCUGUACGAGCCUCCCAAAACCAAGGAUACCGUUGUGCCCGAUGGCGGCGGCCCGGCGCUUAUUGUGCUCUGUACCUGGCUCGGAGGUGCGACUCCUCGCCGAAUCAGCAAAUAUGUUGGCUAUCAUCGACAGACUUUUCCUCACGCUGCCAUCCUGCUCAUCACCACCAACAUCAUCGAUAUCACAGUGCGUCCGUCUCGCAUGAUCCGGACUCGCUUAGAGCCAGCUCGUCAAGCAAUCCGCCGCAUCGUGGGGGUGGAUACUCGCGAGGAUGCGAAAGACCCGAGCGGAGUGCUGCUACACAUCUUCUCUCACGGCGGAUGCAACAUUGCGAUUCAAUUACUUCUCUCCAUGCGGGAUCCUGAGCAUCGCAGCGGCAUCCCCCGACUGCCUCUCCAAGGGAUUAUCUUUGAUAGUUGUCCAGGAGACACGACAUUUAUGCGCAACUAUCAAGCUAGUGUUUACUCCCUCCCUUCCGAUGCGCUUCUCCUCCAGCUAUUGGGCAGGGCUUUUCUCUUCCCGACGGUUGGGGUGAUAACCGGACUUCAGAAUCUGGGGAUAACAAGCUCCAUUGGGGCGAUGCAGAAGCAACUGAAUGAUAGCGCGGUGAUUUCCGCCCGCGUGCCCCGACUGUAUCUGUUUUCCAAAGCGGACGAGACCAUCCGUUGGGAGGAGGUGCAGGCGCAUCUGGACGAUGCGAAAGUCCGUGGAUACCCGGUAGAAAGAGUCGCCUUCCACCAGAGUCCGCACUGCGCACUGAUUGUCGAAGAUGAGAAACGGUACUGGGGGGCAGUUCGACAGUUCUGGCGGGAGCGAAUUUGGAAAGGGAACCCGAUGACUGUGGCACGAGAGAGUAAAUUAUGA